AUGGCAUUUCCUGCAGCGUCUGCGUGUGGGGUUGGAGGCUAUGACCCUUACCCUCCAGCGUCGUACCCAAACCCGCAGUUCGCAGGGUACGGCCCACCGCGGCCGCCGGGGCCGGCAUACGGAAUGCCGCCGCAACCCGGCUACGGCAGUCCCUUCGGCGGUGCGCCUCCCGGCGCGUACGGGGGUCCGUACGGCGGCCCGUACGGCGGUCCCUAUGGCGGUCCAUACGGUGGCCCCGCACCCCCACCACCGCAACCACAGGUGAUCUACGUCCAGCAACCCGCACCGGCAGUCCAGCCGUCGAAUCCUACUAUCAUCGUCCAAGGCGGUUGCGAUUCUAGCCGCUACUACUGUCGACGCUGCCGGGCGUACCAUCGGGAGCGGUAUUGCCCGUACGCGAAUAGCGGCUGCGGUGCGCAGUAG